AUGGCCUCCACCCCCAUUGCUUCCAUUGACACUGCUCUAGAUGAUCUACAGUUCCUGAUUGACACUCAAGGGGGAGCUAAUAUUCUAGGAGUUGAAUUACUAUCCAUUUGUCUGAGGAAUAUUAAAAUAUUUCUUCUAUCAUCCAGAAGGUUGGGCAAUGAUCCAGGUCUUGAAUCCUUGUUGUACAUGAUUGAAGGUUAUGUUUGUAAAUAUGCAGACAUGAUUCACGUACAGCGUCUUCAUCUGGACGCUCAGGCGAAUGGCAAUGAACCUCUGCCCACUAGUCCUCCUGAAGAAUGGGAACAAAUCACGGAACAGCUUAUGUCUUCCUAUGAAAAAAUAGAUCCAUUCUUCAACACCCUGUUCAUAACCUGGACGCAAUCAGAAAACUCUGUUGCAGCAGAUGAAAUUGAUGAUAUCUUUGACUCUGUACUGAAGAAUCUGCAGCGGUUCUUCAUUCUUCAACAUUUUAGUAGCUCUGAGAUUCUGAGGGAACCAAUGAAAGCCUUAGGAGAGCGGAUGAAAUUCUUGAGAAAUCUCAUCUCCUUUACCUCAGAGUCAGCUCAUUCCAAGGCCAAACAAGAUGGGCUUGCUCAAACUGAAUAUGUUUCUGUGAGAGCUGCAUACAUCAUUUUCAAUUGUUAUAAAAAAAUGGGCAAUGAAACCAUUUACAGAGAAAUGCUUCCCCAGAUAUCCUAUUUGUCACAAUUCAUCAUGCCUAUCGACCCUUUGGUCUAUCAUACUUACACUGAGCUCCUGCUUAGCUCAAAGUCAGGCAGAAGAAGAUCACUUCUUGAUGAUCCUCCUGCUGCUCCAGACAUGGACGACAAAAGAGAUGACAAUCCGGCAAAGGAAUUCCUUGAUUCUCUCAUGUCUAUUCUUUGGGAGAUGCUACGAAGUGAUACUUUGAUUUCGAUCAAGGAUCAAAUCCGGGAGCUAUAUGAAGGGCUUGGAUCCUUGUUAUUCAUUCUCGCCCAGCAGCCAACCAAUUUUGAUGUGAAGAAGAAACAUGGCAUUUUUGAUGCGAUAUAUGAUGCUGGAGUCUUCAUUUGCUCGCUGUACCAGACACAUCCACAGCUAGACCGGCUUCCGGAUUUGUUAAAAGCAAUCAGGCUUAUUACUGUGGCAGACCAGCUAGGGGAUGAGAAAGGCGCACCAGAAUUCAACGCUCCGACCACUGCUCCGUUGUCGUUUGUUGAUUUUUUAUUGGAAAAACUGACGGAUCUGAGCAGUUGCGAAGCUGAAACAAAUGCAAGCAGUCUCGCCCAAACAAUUCAGAAACAGCUUGUCUACUUAAGAUCUUUCUUAGGCGGCAUUAUGGAGUUACGCCAUCAAAAGGAGCAACUCCAAGUUCUAUGGGAUCGUGUUUUGGCGCUGGUGUGCAGGAUAGAGCGUCUCCUCGACUACCUGGUAGUUGACGACGUUUCCGAUUCUUUCCUUUCAUCCUUUGAUUCCAUCAUGAAAGACAUCGAGAAUGUUAAGAUGGAAAUCCAACUCCAGAAAUAUGAAACCGAAAUGGAGGCUGUAACCUUGACUCAACAAUCUCAUGUGCCGCCAUGUCAGCAAUCUCCCCAGUUGAAAAUGGAGGUCGUCGGGUACCAGGAGGAGGCAACAUCAGUUAUGAAUCGCCUCACCAGAGGAUCAAAGCAACUAAAGAUUGUUCCCAUUGUUGGUAUGCCAGGACAAGGUAAGACUACCUUGGCCACAAAAGUUUACAAUGACCCUUCCGUUUCUAGCCAUUUCUCUGUUUGUGCGUAUUCUUCCGUCUCACAGAUAGUGGACAAAAACAGAAUCCUCUUGGGCCUUCUAAGUCAAAUUGAACCAAACCAAUCUUGUAACAUCAAUAUUUUGGAGAAUGAUUUAGUGGUGAAUGUGUGGCGCCUCUUGAAAGGACGAAGAUAUCUCAUCUUUUUAGAUGACAUAUGGGAAGCUGAAGCAUGGAGCAGUUUGAAAGAAGCUUUCCCCGAUGAUCACAUGGGAAGCAGGAUUAUGUUGACAAGUCGUCAACAUGAUGUUGUUCCCCACGAAGAGCCUCACAUACUUAGACCAUUUACCGAAGAAGAGAGCAUGGAGUUAUUACAAAGGAAAUUAUUCCCUGCAAGUGGUUGGCCCCCUGAAUUAGUUGAUAUUGGGACGAAAAUUGUCCAAAUCUGUAAGGGGUUACCUCUAACAAUUCUUAUUGUAGGUGGAAUUUUAGCAAACACAUCGCGAGAUGGUUGGGAGACGAUUCUAGGUGGUCUAAGAUCAGGUAUGGUCUCGAGUGCAGAACAGUGCCGACACACGUUGGAGCUGAGCUACAGUUCCUUACCAGAGCAUUUGAGGCCUUGCUUUCUCUAUUUCGCAGCAUUUGCGGAAGACAGUGUGGUUCCUGUCCAGAGGUUGCUUCGCCUAUGGAUAGCUGAAGGAUUUGUUCGGAAAUCUGAGAUGAAACGCAUUGAAGACGUAGCUGAAGACUACCUAAAAGAUCUAAUUGAGAGUAGAACAUGA